AUGUUUAUUUGCUGCAAUAAUAAGCCAAAGAAAGAAAAGUAAGCUAUGUCUCUAAACAAUCUUAGUAAAUCUGUGAAAAAUGGAUCUACCGCUGCUCCCUCUGAUGCUGAAUCAAUUAAACAGAGCAAAUGCGAGGAANAUAAAUAUAUCAAAAUUUUACAUCUAUAUAUAUAAUAUUUAUUUAACAACAAAUGCUAUCUUGAUAUGUAGGAAUUUUUUCUUCAAAUCAAAUUUUUGUUUAGUUGGAAUAUCAACUAAAUUCCUAAUGAUAUUGAUUGUUGA